AUGAACCCGACGAACGUAAUAAAUCGUUUGACACCGGACAACAAAUGUAGCUCAGAGACCGAUGUUACUGUAGACAGAGACUGGCCCCUGGCGUCAUCAAGACCUAAACGUCUGCGUACAAACUCAAGUAACAACGGCAACGAAUUUCUGGCUUUUAAAAAUGAAUUUAUGCAAGCCCUGGACAGUUUAAAAUCAGUUAUAAAUAUGAAGUUCGCUGAUAUAGAAAAGUCCCUUAACGAAAUUCAACUUUCGAAUCAAGAGAUUGAAAAGUCUCUCGAAUUUGUCUCGGCCCAGUAUGAGGACAUGUCAAUAAAAAUAACUACGUUAGAAAAGGAGUGUUCUAUUAAUCGCGGCAAUAUACGCAUUCUUGAAGAAAAAAUUGAGGACCUUACCAGAAACUCAAAAAACUCGUACUUCGAGAUCCGUAAUGUUCCACGUUGUGAUAAUGAAUCGAAGACUCUUUUACGUGAUUACCUACUUAAUUUGACUAAGGCGCUUUCAGUAAGCAUUAAUAGUACGGAUAUACGCGACGUUUAUCGUCUUCAAGCAAACAAAAACCCGAACCCUACAAUUAUCGUGGAGCUUGCAAACCACUAUACAAAGGAGGAAAUUCUCAGAGCGGCUAGACUAUAUAACCAGCGGAAUCCCAACAGUAAACUUAACUCGUUUCAUAUCACUGGCAAAACUGAACAUACUUCACGACCGGCUUAUAUCGCAGAACAUUUGACAAGCACUGCAAAAAGGCUUUAUUACUUAGGCAGGCAGCUCACUAAGUCAAAUAAGUACAAAUUUUGUUGGACGAACAAUGGAAAAGUAUUUAUGCGCAAAGCAGAGGGCUCCCCGCUUAUUCAGAUCAAAAGUGAAGAGCAAAUUAAGCAACUCGAAACUGCUGAUUGA